AUGCCGCCACUUAAAAAGAGGAGAAUCAGCCCCGAAGAUCCUCCUUCGAAACAUACAGAGAACGACGUCCCCUCCACCUCUGAGGACACUACAGGAAGUGGAGAUGAUGGGGAGCAACUCCAUCAAAAAUCGUCAGCACCAACAACGUUCAAAGAGCUGGGCAUAAUUGAUUCGCUUUGCGAGGCUUGCGAAGCCCUGGGCUAUAAAGCGCCAACUCCGAUCCAAGCAGAAUCUAUACCCUUAGCCUUACAAGGUCGAGAUCUCAUCGGACUUGCGGAGACUGGAAGUGGAAAGACUGCGGCCUUCGUUCUGCCCAUACUUCAAGCGCUGAUGGACAAGCCGCAGCAACUACAUUCGUUGAUACUGGCUCCGACAAGAGAAUUGGCAUAUCAGAUUGCCCAAGCAGUCGAGGCUCUGGGAUCACUGAUCGCGGUCCGAUGUGCGGUCCUGGUAGGAGGUAUGGACAUGAUUCCACAGUCAAUCGCGCUUGGAAAGAAGCCCCAUGUUGUUGUGGCUACACCUGGGAGAUUGCUGGAUCAUAUGGAGAACACCAAAGGAUUUUCCCUCCGACAACUCAAAUACUUGAUCAUGGACGAGGCGGAUCGACUGCUCGACCUUGAUUUCGGACCCAUUCUGGACAAGAUAUUGAAGAUUCUCCCAAAGGAAGGACGCAAGACAUAUCUCUUCUCCGCCACAAUGUCAAGCAAGGUGGAGUCUUUACAGAGAGCUUCAUUGACAAAUCCUCUGCGAGUCGCAGUCUCGCAAGACAAAUACCAGACUGUGUCAACUCUCCUACAGUCCUAUAUCUUCAUUCCACAUAAACAUAAGGAUCUCUACCUCAUUCAUCUUUUGAAUGAAGUAGCAGGUCAGACAGGCAUUAUAUUCACGCGAACAGUAAACGAAGCACAACGGAUCUCAAUCCUGCUUCGAAUGCUCGGGUUUUCCGCGGUACCUAUCCAUGGCCAGCUAUCUCAACAAGCCCGCUUAGCAGCAUUGAACAAGUUUCGUGCAAGGUCGCGGAACUUACUGGUAGCAUCCGACGUCGCUUCUCGAGGCCUUGAUAUCCCGUCGGUAGAUCUUGUGGUAAAUUUUGACCUACCUCAUGAUAGCAAAACAUACAUUCAUCGAGUGGGACGUACGGCUCGAGCAGGGAAAAGUGGCAAGGCAGUAUCUUUUGUUACCCAAUAUGAUGUUGAGCUGUGGAUGAGAAUAGAAGGAGCACUCGGAAAGAAGCUGAACGAGUAUGAAACCGUCAAGGAGGAAGUCAUGGUUCUGGCUGAGCGUGUUGGUGAUGCCCAGAGAGCUGCCGCGAUGGAAAUGAAGGAAUUGCAUGAAAGCAGAGGCAAGAAAGGUGCAACUCUGCGGCAUACGCGCACAGGUAAAGCCGGCACUGGAAAGCGAGGCCGUGAUGAUAUGGAUCGAGAUGAGGGAUAG